UGAGAGGCCUGGCCCGUCGUCUAGAGCUGGAGUAAUGCCCAUGUUCGAGAAACCGACGGUGACGUUACCUCCAACAAACCCAACGAAACCAACUGCGUUUACGUUUCGGGUAGAUGCACGGAUGGAAGCUAGGAGGACAGAGUUUGAGCAGAAGCUGGCGGUUACGGAGGAGAAGCGCGCUGCCAAGGUGCAUGCGCAGCCUCUUCCUGUCCCUGAUUUCAAGGCACUGCACAUAGCUCAGGAAGCUUCGUUGGCAUGCCGUAAAGAGCAAAUUGUUCCUAUUUUGCCUGCAGGACAAAUUGAAUUCAGCACUGAACAGCGGGCGAAAGAGAGGGAGAGAUUUGAUGAGAUGAUGAAGAGAAAGGAGGAGGAGAUGGAGCGGUUGAGAGAGGAGAGGCGGAAGCAGCAGGAGAUUGAGCUGGAGAGAGAGAUCAAGGAACUGCGAAAGAAGGCUGUACCGAAAGCUCACGAAGUUCCCGAGUGGUAUGGUGAUAUGCCGAAGAGGAAGGGAGGCGGUGUGAAGGGAUGAUGAGAGAGGGCGCUGUUGGGGUCAGACGUGUGGAUUGGAAAUGAAGGAGUA